GCGGGGGACCGAGCCUAGGAGAGCUGAGAAGGAGAGAGAGACGUUGGGAGACAGAGCCCCUGGAAUCCCAGCCCUGGGACGGCACAGCCCAGGAAGCAUCUUUGUCCAAUCCGGACCCUUUGGACUGUUCGGAGAUCCCCUGCCUGGGUCAAAACUCUCCUCCUCGCCAGCUCCGUCAUUCAUUUAUUUCUCCCUUCCUUCGCUGGGUGCAGCCAUCUGUGAGGGGUUUCCCCCAGUGUGGACCGAUCUCUCUACCACACCCUUCCCUGUGCCAACAUUGCGGCUGCCACCCGGAGCCACAGAAAGCUAAGCCAGGCUGUGACCUGAAGCCAUCCUGUGACCGAGCAGCCCAGCGAGAGAGAAUGCGGGGAGGCUCUACGCUGGCAGUGCCAUGGCUCCUGCUCCUUGCUGUCACCAGCAGCCGUGGGCAGGACGAGAAGCCAACCUUUGCCCCCCUCUUCACCCAGAAGCCCUUCAUUGUGGCCUGGAAUGCGCCGACCCAGGACUGCAGGCCUCGCUUCAAGGUCCAGCUGGACUUCAGCCUCUUUGACCUGCAGGCCUCUCCCAACGAGGGCUUCGUAGACCAGAAUCUCACCAUCUUCUACAAGGAGCGCCUGGGCCGCUACCCCUACUACGACGAGCAGCAGGUGGCUGUGAACGGGGGUGUCCCCCAGAACAGCAGCCUCACGGAUCACCUGGACCGGCUCCAGGAGGGCAUCCGCAAGUACAUCCGCUCAGAGGCCAAGGAAGGGCUGGCUGUCAUUGACUGGGAGGAGUGGCGGCCCAUUUGGAUCCGCAACUGGCAGAACAAGGACGUCUACCGCAAGAACUCCCGCCAGCUGGUGCUGUUGCGGCACCCCAGCUGGCAGGAGGACCUGGUGAACAAGGAGGCCCAGUAUGAGUUUGAGAGCUCGGCCCAGGAAUUCAUGCUCCUCACCCUGCAGCACGCCAAGAGCUACCGGCCCAAGCAGCUGUGGGGUUACUACCUCUUCCCGGACUGCUACAACCACGACUACAGCAAGAACCCGGACAGCUACACGGGGCGCUGCCCUGACGUGGAGGAGACCCGCAAUGACCGUCUGGCCUGGCUCUGGAAGGAGAGCACAGCCCUCUAUCCCUCCAUCUACCUAGACCAGGUCCUGGCCUCCUCCGAGAAUGGCCGCAAGUUUGUGCGCUCGCGGGUUAUGGAGGCCCUGCGGAUCUCCCACCAGCACCACGACGGCUACUCGCUGCCCGUCUUCGUCUAUACCAGGCCCACCUACAGCCGCAAGCUGGAUGUGCUGAGCAGGACGGACCUGGUCUCCACCAUUGGCGAGAGCGCCGCCCUGGGGGCGGCUGGUGCCAUCUUCUGGGGCGAUGCAGACUACACCAAGAGCCAGAGCACCUGCCAGACCAUCAAGGCCUACCUGGAGGAGGAGCUGGGUCACUACAUCGUCAACGUCACCACGGCAGCCCAGCGCUGCAGCCAGGCGCUGUGCCAGGGCAGGGGGCGCUGCCGGCGCCGGGACAGCACCGCCAACGUCUUCCUCCACCUCAACCCGCUCAGCUUCCAGAUCCGGCGCCGGGGCGAGGCCGACAGGCAGCAGCCACUGCUGCGGGCAGAGGGGGAGCUGUCUGCCACUGACACCGCCUAUCUACGGACCCACUUCCGGUGCCAGUGUUACCAGGGCUGGCACGGGGACGAGUGCGAGCGGCAGCUGAGCACCCACAACAGUGCAGCCUGCCCAGCCUGUGCCACUCUGGGACUCCUGGUGCUGGGGUUCCUGGCCCGUUUGGACUAGUCUGGCCCCUUACUCAGGUCCUCGUGGCAGUAGGCCGUCUCCUGGUGCUUAGCAUGGCAGGGACAUGGGCGCAAUAGGUGGCACUUGCAGUCAGAGCCCCGCGUGCCCCUCUAUGGGGCCGACAGACUUGCAACCCAGGAGCCUUUUGUAUUUCGUUUAGCGCCAAUGUAGCGGAUCUACUGGAGGUGGCCCCCUACCUCUGCCACUGCUGAGGGGGCGAGAGGCCCCUCCAGCCUUCCCUGCGGGCCAGCAGAGUGCUUGCAGCUGUGGGGGUGGGAGAUGUUCCUGGGCAGUGAUGCGGCGAUAGGGGGCAGCCCGCAGCUAGGAGGGGCGGCGGGGGGAGAUCUGCCCUGGUGUGGAAAUACAAGGGCUGUGCCCUGGACUGGCUUCAUCCCCCAGGGCCAGGUAGCUCCUUCCCUACUGCUGGGUGUGCCCCAGUGCGGAGCCUGGCCCCAUGGUGUGUGGGUAGGGGGGUGAUCAUCCUUUCCCCAGCUCAGCAGAGGGACAGGGGACUGUCAACAUGAGCUAAGCUGCACAGAGGGUGUGGGGUGCCCCCCAGCUCUACCCUAGGCUUUGUGGGGUGUGGAGGAGGGAGGGGAUGGCAGGGCCCUUCUCCUGUUGUAAGGAGUGGGGCGGAUAUGCAGUGAGCAAAGGAGUGUCGGGGAGGCAAGGCCUGGUGUGACAAAUACUGCUGUAUGUGUCUGGAAACCCCCCUGGGGGCAGAGUUUAUGGACUUGGGGAGGAUAUGCCCUUCCAUGCCUGGGUGAGGCGGGGGCUGGGCCGGACGCCUGCCAGGAGCCAGCGCCCUGCUUCUGUCACUGAGAAACCAAAGUGCUUUAUCUCACCAUUAAAGGCGGAAUGAGA